CAGCUGAACAACUCCAAUCAUGAAGCUGCCACUAUGCAGUGCUACAUUGGGAAGACUCCUCUGGUUCCACUCAGUUCCUUCAGACACCGCGAUUGAGCGGCUCACCAAUAAUAGAACGCAUUCUAGAUGGAGUGCGGCACGGCGCCCAGACACGCAUCCUGCCUGCAGUUGGAUUGCCUCCCCCAACAAAGCAUCCGAGGCUCCCAUGUCAGCACGCUUCCAUUCUCAACUCACUUUUUCAAUGCUUUCUUAAUCUUCAAAUAUUCGCAUGGCAAGAGCUGUAGUGACCGAGGAUUAUUAUUCUAUUCUGGGAGUCUCUCAAUCUGCGACGUUGGCUGUUAUCAGAGAAGCCUACAAGAAGUGCGCCCUGAAGUACCACCCAGAUAAGAAUUUGGACAAUGGCGAAGAUACAACAGCUGCUUUCCAGCUUGUCGGGUUAGCUUGGGAGACUUUGAAGGAUGCGACGAAGCGCGCGCAGUACGACGGAGAGGUUUAUGUGAGGCUGCCAAAGCCAAAGAGGAAGCGAGGGAAAGAUACCGAGGUUGAGGCUGAGGCUGCUCGCGCCAGAAGGAGAAGGGAAGAAGUUGAUCGCGAUGCGAGGGCUCGGUGGUCUGCUACUGAAUCGAGUCAAUCGACCGGUGAAGGACAAGCCCAAUUUGAGGAAGAAGCUGCACGCUGUGAGAUGGCUCGACAAUGGCAGGCCAGCGCUCGAGAGGAUUACCUAUCUCGACUUCAACAAUGGACUGACUUUCGGAAAGGACACUUACAAGCUGUCCUUGAAUGUCAGCAACUGAUUGAGAAGCAUCAAUCGAAUUUGGAUAUUCAGAACAAGGAGGAUGAGGAAGAGGUCGCUCGGAAAAUCCAAGAUGCAAUCGAGCGGUCCAGAUCGUCAGGCCUCAAAAUCGAAAACCAUAACGCCACCCUUUCGAAAUUGCUCGAAGCUAGACGGAUAUACACCGCUCGACUAAUUAAGUCCAUUGACGAUGCCCGAAAAAAACUUAAUGAAUUACUGCUUGUGCUGGAGAAUGACAGACGACGGUACGAGAGCAAAGAAAACAGGGUCCGAGAACAGAGAGUCCGAGAGGCCUUGGAGAUCCUCGGUCCUCGCGAUUUGCAUCCUCCGUUGUUCAGCAUCAUCGACAGACGUGGACAGGCAAUCAACAACUGGAAAGCUCUUUCCAGGGUCAAAUGUGCCACCAAUUUCCGCACCUCGUUUGAGCCAUCGGAAGGCCCAUGGCACCAACCUGGAGACUUGUGGGAACGUGUCGUGGGUGAGCAUAUCUGCGGCAGAUGCGAUCGACGUGCCUUUCAUAUUAUCCCAGAGUGUGGACUGGCGAAGUGCCUCUGUGGAAUGAUUGCGUGCACAAGUUGCUUCUGAGAUCUCCAGCUUUUGAGAGAAUAUGCAGAGUUCAUCACAAGCACCGAUUCCCAGGGUAAAGAGUCGAUAUUCGCGCUCGACUUUGAUUCAAACGGGAGGCCGAGAGGCUUUUGGAAAGGCAAAUCGGACUAUUUUGGAUUUGGUUGCGAGUAUGAUGGAUGAAUGUCUAGUGCGGCGUUGGCGUGUUAAGGACAGUUUCCCGAAGGAGAUUACGUGUCUGAAGCACUUUGACGGGAGCUUUU